GACUCUUUUCCUUCUACUACCACUUUCUCAGAAAAUGAAGACUACAUUCACUGUAAAAGGUGUUCUCUCGGAUAUGGAUGGUACUCUCAUUGAGUCCACACCGGCUGUAGAAGCAACAUGGGCUCAAUUUGCACAGGAUUACCCAUUUAUUAGUUUGGAGGACGUUCUAAAGCAUUCACAUGGUGUAAGAACCCAUGAGAAUAUGAUUCGCUUUUGUAAAUUAGAGAACCCAGAUACAAUCGCGUCUGAAGCUAAGCGUUUUGAGGAGACUAUCCUAGCAUGCGCUAAGAAAAGACAAGAACAGGGUUUGAAUGGUUUAGUUAUCCUUCCCGGUGUUAAUGAGCUUCUUGACCAGCUAAACGACAAUCACAACAACUGGACCAUCGUAACAUCUGCCACUAAAGUAUAUGCUAGCGCUGCACUCAGUAUAUCACAAAUUAAGCAACCAGAAUCUUUCAUUACGUCAGAAAAUGUCGUUAGAGGCAAGCCAGAUCCUUCGCCAUUCCUCGAAGGUGCGAAAGUUAUUAAACAAAGUGCUACAGACUGCUUGGUACUUGAAGAUGCACCCUCUGGUAUUACAGCUGGUAAAGCGGCAGGUGCUGUUGUCAUUGCUGUUCUCACAUCUUACCCAAUUGAUACUAUAAAAGCUUCAGGGCCGGAUUUCAUCGUGAAGGAUCUCUCUAGCGUGUCGGCAAAGUGGACAAACGAUCAUUAUGAGAUUACUGUUGAUGCUAUCGAUAUUUAGAUGUAUUACUUUGAAGACCUUUCAUAACUCUGAUUGUUUACAUUACAUUAGCAUAUUAGCCUCAUUGAGUUAUCAUAAGAUAUAAGUCACGCAUAGAUUUAUGAUCAAUGAGUUAUUAGGAAU